AUGACCACAGACAUCAAUAUCGAGAAGGGUGAAAAGAAUGAGGGAUGCCAUUCUGAGACGGAGCACCCGCCUACUCAAGGAGAGUUAUUGCACCGGCAUGGUGAACUGAACAGAGGGUUAAAGUCUCGCCACAUUCAAUUCAUCGCCAUCGGAGGCUCCAUUGGCACGGGGCUAUUUCUUGGUAUUGGCAGUGCGUUGACAAAGGCCGGCCCGCUCUCGCUCCUUCUUGGCUACACCAUAACCGGAAUCUUCAUCUUUGUCAUGAUGAUGAGCCUUGGUGAAAUGGCGACUUGGCUCCCUUUGCCUGGAGCCCUUCCCCAGUUCUGUGCCAGGUACGUUGAUGGAGCCUUGGGAUUCGCGGUUGGUUGGAAUGUAUGGUACUCAGCAGCGAUCACCCUCUGUGCAGAAUUAUCAGCUGCUUCCCUCAUAAUCGGAUACUGGAAAGGGGCUGAGGGCGUCAACGUGGCUGUUUGGAUUACUAUCAUCCUCGUUGUCGUGGUACUACUCAAUAUCUUCGCCGUCUCUAUUUAUGGCGAGGCAGAGUUCUGUUUCGCCUCGAUCAAGGUCAUCACAAUUGUGGGCCUUCUAAUCAUGACGUUCAUCGUUAUGCUUGGAGGUAACCCCCAGGGUCGCCGGCUAGGCUUCACCUACUGGAAGAAUCCGGGGCCGAUGAAGGAAUAUCUUGCUGAGGGUGAUCUUGGUCGCUUCUUGGGCUUUUUCACCACAUUGAUUAACGCUGCCUUUUCAUUUGGUGGCGUAGAAAUGGUUGCUGUUGCUGCCGGUGAAGCUGAGAACCCUCGCAAGAACAUCCCUAAAGCUGUCCGUCGCAUCUUCUGGCGCAUUAUCUUCUUUUACGUUCUUGGUGCCCUUGCAGUGGGUAUUUUAGUUGCUUCCAACGAUCCUCGCCUAUUAUCAGCGCAGGCAAGCGGUACUUCUAAUGCCGCAGCCUCACCCUGGGUGAUCGGAGUCCAGAACGUCGGCAUCUCAGUCCUUCCGUCUAUCAUUAAUGCUGUUAUCCUUUCGUCGGCUUCAUCAUCUGCCAAUGCCUUUAUUUACAGUGGGUCCCGUUAUUUGUACGCAUUGGCUGUGAAUAAACAAGCUCCAGCCUUCUUCCUCAAGUGCAACAAACAAGGAGUACACUGGAUUGCUGUCCUGGUCACCAGCGCCAUGGGCCUUCUGACCUAUCUUUCAGUCCAAAAGGAUGGCGGUGCGGCACAAGCAUUCCAGUGGUUUCAAAACCUCGUUACUAUUUCAUCACUGUUCACCUGGUCCUGUGCAGCUUGGGCCGCUCUCAUCUACUUCUCAAUGUUAAUCAUUUUCAACGGUUUCAGCGUGUUCAUGUCAGGAAGAUGGAACAUCAGCGACUUCUUCGCAGCGUACGUCAACACUCUCAUCUUCGCCGUCCUUUUUAUUGCAUGGAAGUUGAUCAAGAAGACGAAAUGGAUCCCGUCAAAUGAAGCUGAUAUAACAAGUGGCAAAGACGCCAUCGAUGCACUAGAGGAGAUCUGGGAGGAUCCAAAGCCACGUAACGCUCUCGAGUGCUUCUGGAUUUGGCUAGCAUAG